CCUUCUUUUCAUACUGAAAGUGUUUUAAAAAAUCUCUUGUAAUAUUUGAAACCUGGCAUACAUUUUUCAAGCAAAUUUAUUUCAAAAUGGAGAACAUAUGUUGAGCGUUGAUGUUUUCCGCUAACCACAACACAUAUCACGAAACCACCCUCAAAGGUUAAAUUUGGAUUUUGUGCUCUUGGCUAUGAACACAGAACAGUACAAGAAUUGUACGCCAUAUUUGAUCCUCGUGUGGUGAAAGUUGUCAGAAAAUGUGUAUUUUACAAUAUUAUAUUUGUAUUUUCCUAUAAUUUUUCAAUCCUUAGUGCAAUUAUGGAGAAGGACCGAAACAACAGUGUUAGUUAUAAUUCGUCACCUACUAACGAUGAAGAUGAAGAAAAGUCAAUUGUUGGUAAAUUUAAAUCGAUUAUCAGCAGUACACCUUUGUCCAAAUGGUUUCGUAAACGAGAAGAUAAUAAUCAAUCCACAAUCAGGAGACGUGAUGAAGAUGAAGAUGAGGAAAUUCGUCAAAUGCAACCACCCUCCAAGAGGGUCAAACUACCUGUUGAUGCAGAGCAAACAAACAGUGUGAUAUUCAAUACCUUAGACACAAGCACAUCAAUUAAUGUCAGUGCAUCAAAUAAAACGAUUAAUCAUUUUCCAGAGCCAGUGGCCGGCCCAUCUGGUGUAAAGUUUCAAAAAUUACUCAGUAGUGCAACCUCAGUUUCUACAAAUAGUGUGAAAAAUACUUUUAGUAAUCGCGAGUUUUUGAACGGACAUAAUUCGGACAGUGAAGAAUCUACUAGUGGAUAUUCCUCAGUAGUUAGAAUCGGUAGCAAAGAACAGGUCUGCCAAAGUCAAGACAGUUCCAAACAAACUUCACCAUUGCAGAACAAACCUAACAAUACCAGGUCUCUAUUCCAAAGCCCAAAUACCUCUAUGAAUCGGUCAUUGUUCACUGACAGAACUUUGAGUCCUAACAUUAAUACAUCAAUGACUUCGAGGAGACCAUCUUUCAAUGCAUCAACUUUCGGGUCGCCUAAUUUCAUCGACAACACUAUUACAACCGAAAAAAUCAUCAACUCUCCCUUUUAUAACGGACGAACGAUAUAUGGUGGAGCGUCCGCUUAUGGCCGUAGAUUAGGUAGAAGUGCAAGGGAUCUUAGAACGUCUCUGAAAAAGUCUGUACAGAUCAAACCCGUCAACAAAACUAAUGAGAACGGUAACUUAGUUCUCGGGAAAACAGCAAGAAAGAUACUAGAUACUUUGGAGCAGUAUAGUUCUCCUGUGAAUGAUGCCAAAAAAAUUCCUACCACAUCGAAAAGGUUUCGUCCAGAUGGUUACCUCAGCCAGCACGUGGGUGCCAGACCUUACAUGGUUCGAGGAAAGGAUGUUCCUUCGAACAAGGAACUGCAAGUGCCGACAGUUUCUGAUCUCUUGAAAAUGAAACAAAAAAUGAAACUACAGCAAAGUACAGAGGUUGUAAGACAGAUUGCUAUUUCUUCAAAGUCCAAUCUGAAUAAUACAAGUGGUCAAAGUACAAGCACUACUGAAAAGGAUACGUCUGAAACACUCAGUAAAGAUUCAUCUAAAGAUCAAAACCUAGAAACUAAUAAGGCCACCAGUGAAAGUCAAGUGAAAACCAUCACUCCGAGUCUUCCAGUUACGUCGUUACCUAAAUUUAACGUUGCUGUGGCGCCAGAAUCAAGCAAAAAGAAAUCUGCAACAAAAACUACGAACGGGUUCUCUUUUAUCCCCACCCCUUCAAUUUCUAUGCCUUUUAAUUCUCAACCAGUGGUCGAAACAGUAAAGACUGACGUGACUACUAAGAAAUCUGACGAAUCCACUACAAACAUUACAAAUAAAAGAAGCUUCAAAUUUUCUGAUCCUUUGGUAAUAUCAGAAAACUACAAGUCUAUUGUCGCCAUAAAUAAUUUCAAAUUCAGUGAACCUCUGUGCAAAAUUGCAAAAAUAGAGUUGCCUAAAUCACUGAAUAAAGAUAAAACUGAAGAAAAAGUAGUUGAAAACACGUCUGUCUCGAAUGGUAAUCAAUCCUCUGAGUCUCCGAACAAAACCAUAGACGUACCUUUGUCAAAGGCACCAGAAAAGAAUAACGGUCCGAACAGUUUUGAUAAGCAGUUCAAAAUGUCUGCCAAGGAAUGGGAGUGUAGCAUAUGCAUGAUACGUAAUAAAGAGCUUGAUGCGCAAUGUGUCGCUUGUACUGCACCCAAACCAUCCCCCAAACCAGUUAUAGAAAAUGUGAAGACUCUGCCUUCAUCAUUUGGCAACAAAUUCAGCGUGCCAAGCUCGAUGUGGGAAUGUACAGUUUGCAUGGUCCGAAACGAAAAAGAUAGAACAAAUUGUGUCGCUUGCAAAGAACCAAAUACAAAAGUUACACCCGCUAUUCCAAAAUUCUCCUUUGAAAAACAAUUCGAAGCUCCCCCGGGUACUUGGAACUGCCCCACUUGCCUGGUGAAGAACAACGAUGAUUUGCUGAAAUGUGCCGCGUGCGAAACAGCAAAAAAAGAAAAUAAAACUUCUGAUAACUUGAGCUCGUUGUUUAAAGUCAAAGAGAACGAAUGGGAAUGCAAAGUUUGCAUGGUGAGGAACAAAUCUUCAGAUAUCAAGUGUCAGUGCUGCGAGGCAACCAAGCCAGGAAGCUCUUCUGAAAAUUCAACUGAGAAGGACCCUUCCAGUAAGCCUGUGCUGAAAUUUAACUUUGGCUUUGAUAAAGUUCAAGCAAAUACUUUCACUUUCGGGAUUCCGGCUGAUCCUGCUGUAACUCUGCCCAAACCUGCAGUGGAUCCAUCAACAGUCUUCGGAGAAAAUGCUAAACCAACUGCGCCUGCAGCUAAGUUUUCUUUCGGUAUUCCAGCUGAGUCUAAAAAAGAAAUGGGCACCAGCGAAGCUGUCAAACCAGCAACUGAGGUAGUACAAGCAAUUGUACCAGCAGUCGAUCCAAAAGUUGCAUCUGAGAAUAAACCUAGUAAAGAGACAGUUACUUCGGUUGAUGUGAAAUUGAGUGAAAAUAUACCUUCCCCAAUUUCUCAAAAAACUAUUACUAAAAAGGAAGAAGAUAGCACAGUUAAACCAACCACUACUGCAGAUCUGAAUAGUAGUAUUCCGGCUAAACCAAUAUUUAGUUUUGGUGUGGCACCAACUAAUUCUCUAGAUAAAGUGGACGCUACAGCUAAAGAGGUGACUAAAAAUGCCCCCCCUCCAAAGCUGUUCAGCUUCGGUGCCAAACCUGCAACCACACAAGAGGCACAAAGCACUAAUAACACUACUGUCGUGUCAACGGAAACCAGCAAACCAUCGACCACCGUGCCUGCUUUCACUUUUACCGCUAACAAAACCACCGAUGCUGCUUCGUCGUUAUUUGGAUCAACAAAAACACCAGCAGUGAAUAAUGGGUUCGGAUUCUUGAAUUCUUCGUUUGGAAAUGGAAACAAGGCUAGUGUUGAUGCUCCUCCAAAAAACACCGCGGAAACCAAACCGUUUUCUUUUGGAAGUACAUCUGCUACUGGUGAACCUGCCAACAAGAUGCCGAUGUUCAGUUUCGGUCCACAAAAGUCUACCCAGCCUGAACAAUCUUCAGGGUUUGCUUUUGGAGCUGCAAAGCCAACUGGGUUUAAUUUCACUGUUGGAACUACAGAAACUUCUACCUUCAAUGCUCCAUCUGGAAACAUCUUCAGUGAGCCUGCCACCACAAACAGUGUUAGUUUCAGUUUCGGUUCGACUUCUCAGGCUAACGGUAGUCAAAAGGCGGGUUUCAGUUUUGGAUCUACAAUGAACAGUACCACCUUGCCACCUGCGGCCUCAUCCAGUUUCAAUUUUGCUGCAGCUGCUCCAGCGCCAACAGGUGGUUUCAAUUUCUCGGAGGCAGCAGCGGGUUUUGGUUCCACUAAACCAUCCUUCAAUUUCUCUGACGGCUCGGUGACUGCUUUUACAGCUGCACCUACAACCGAUGGGGCGCCUCGGAAGAUAAAGAGAGCCAUUCGCAGAACGCAACGAUAGUUCGAAUGAUGAAGAUGUAAAUAUACAAAGGAACUCAUAGUAUUGAUUGGCGUAAUGUGUGUGGGAAGUGAGUGUUUGCCUAAUCCAUUCAACUAUCAUGAAAUAUGGUAAAUUUAUUUUAACGCGAAACCUAUUUAAAAGACAACAGGGCAGGAUUCGUUUUCAGACCUAUAAAUGUUAGCUAGGUAUUUUAGUAUCAUAGGCCAUCUGUGAAGAUUUUGCGAGUCGAGCUGUCAACCUUUUGAAUAUUGUAAUAUAACGUUGUUGAAUUAUAGAAAUUUAUAUGACUUCUGAACAGCCUCAGACAAAGUAAUAAUAUUCACAGAUGCGUCUACGUGGACUGGCUCUAAUGACGUGCUCCACAUAAUAUCUACAGUGUAAACCUUAGUGUAAGCAUUUGAAUGGUCUGAUCCAUAGAAUGUAGAAUUGAACAAUGGUGUUUGAUGGAUAUUCCUUAUAUGAUUAUGUGUGAUGGAAACUUUUUGAUGAAUGUAAUGAAUACUAGCAUAUAAUAUUGAUAUGCCCGCCGUUACUGGCACUUUUCUGUGAUAUUCUUAUGGGUCAGGCCCCCUACCUACGUAUACAGGCUGACCUAAAUUUUGUGUUCUACACUUGUUACUUUUAUUAUGGAAGAUAGGAAAUCGUUUCAUUUGACAGAAUAGUAUCGCAACACUCAACAAUGUGUGAUAACACAAACAACUGAGUAACGACAUUCUGAGUAAAUUAUCUCUUGUGAAUAAAAAAACCCUGUCUUUAAUUUUUUUUUUGUAGAAUGUGAUAUUCCAAUUAUAAGAGUAAAUUACGUUUUUUGUAAUUCAAAAAUGAGUCAUUAAGGUUUUAGUGUAGGAUGAAUGUAUUAUUUGAAUCAGUGACAAACAUAAUUUUUGAUGUCUUCGUAGUAGGUGUUCAAAGACGCCAUAUUAUUCUACUGGAAUAUUUUUCAGCAUGAUUCUGCUAUUGAAAGUUUGCCACUGUUCUGUUAUUCUCUUUUUUAUGGUGCUCAUAAUAAAUUUGCAAAAAAAGUCUAGAUGCUUGAGAUUAGGAGAUCAAGAAUGCCAUGGAAUAUGACCAUGUGUUCCUAUUAAUUUAUACUUGAACAAUGCAAUAAGAAGCUAUACUGUGACGAUGUGAAAAACAGAGAGUAACAGAAAAAUUCCAAACUGUCAAUGGCAGAACCAUACUGAAAAGUAUCUUAGUAGUUUAAAAACAGGUCCAAAAAUCUAGUGAUGUAGUGUGUUGAAUGUCGACUUGAAUAAUACUGUGCAUAUAUAUCCAUAUUUAAUUUAGUCUUUUAUAACGAACUCCGAUUUCACUUAAAUUAAAAUGUCGUGAAUGUUUAUAAUUGCUGUAUCAUAUUCUACCAAAAAAAGACCUUAUAUUGAACUUCCUUUUAGAAUAUCUCUGAAAGAGAUGUUACUCGUAGUUUUUUUUUUUGUGUAUUAACGACGUAGAAAAUAUUAACUAGUGUACUGAUUUCAAUGAUUUAUUUUCCCAAAUAAGAGUUACCAGAGAUGAACAGUCAAUUUGGGUCAGCCUGUAUAUUAUAAGUUUAGUAAAUGGUUAUUUAUAUAUCACAGACAAAACGUUAUGAUGUUGUUUUAGUGCACCACAUAUGAAUGCCCUUUUAAGGUAUGAUUUUAAUGAGAUUUUCCUACAGCUAUGAAGCUCUCUCAGAUUUUGAAAAUAUGCUUUUGGCUUCAUGAUAUUAUUUGGUGUGAUUGAAAUUUGAUAUUGAAGUAGAAAAGGAUCUUUUAGUCUAAGCUGCCAGACCCUCGUCAUUCGAGCGAAAUUAAUAUUUUGACAAUAACUAGAGUGAUAUGUAGUUGAAAAUAUAUCCAUACUGGCUAACUUAAAAUCAAGGCACAUUUUGCAGAUAUCAGGGAAUCUCUUUUUGACUCCUUACACUGAAAAAAUACCCUGGAACAAGGUUCUGAAGUCGGAUCUUUACUAUUGAUAAAGAUUAUUGUUCCUGAAUGUGACAAUAUCAUUUGUUUUUGAUGGGAAAGUUCAUAAUAAAUUGUAUCCAGGGGAAUCAUCAAAAAAAUGUGUUUUUAUUACUUCUUAAAGACAAUGUCUUUUAUUAAUAGCAGUGAUUAGACAUAAGGAUGUUGGAAGUAGGUAGUAUGCAUGAAUUCUUACCUGCAUGUUUAUUUUUGUCAAAAUAUCAACUUUGCUAAAAUGAAGUAGAUGUGGCAACUCUGGAAUUUGGAACUGAGUACGUCGCAAAAUUCACAUAUACUCAGCUGUCUCUAAAUAUUUCAAAAUUAUAUUUUUCCUGUGUUUCUACUGUACCUAUAGCUAGCUGUAAGUUGAUUUGUUACAUUAGUUGGGAAAACCUAAUUUGGCUCAUGAAUCAGUGUACUGUAAAAACGAGUAUUAUUUAGGCUUUCGUUAUUUUUCAACUGAAUAUACCCUAUUCAAAUAUACUUUUUCGGUUAGCCAUAACCUACAACUUUCCUUUCCUCACCCAAGUCAUAGUCAAAUUCAGCAUUUUGCCCUAUGCCUUUUCACUUACAUUGUAAGUCGUAAGAUUAUGUCAUGUCCAAAAAGGUAUCAUUUAGAAGGAAAAUUUACAUUCUUAAAUAUAUUUUAUGAAACCAAUAAUGUCGACAGUUUCAUAAAAAUAGAAUCAUCUUUGUGGCUGGUUAAUAUAAAGAAAACAUGAGAGGCUCUGGUCUGGAUUAGAAUUGAAUCUGAGUUCAAUGAAUCUCAUUAUUACCAUCAUUUCAAUUUUGUUUAUAACAUUUGAGUGGUGGUUUGAAACGUUUUCAUCUUGUUGAAAAAACAAAAGCGUUGGCAUAGCUUUCUUUUAGUUUAAUCUCCAUCAAAAUUUACAUUUUCCAUAACGGUUUUCAAAUGCAGGGGUAUAAAUUUCACUGUGCGGACUGUCAAAUUCCUUGAAACACUCGUAUUUAAGCAUUUAUGACUCGCUUGUUAUCACAAAUCUGUCACCUUCAAACCAUUUUUGAGAUCAGGAAAUCGGUGCUAAAUGUGGUGAAUACAGUGGAUGGGGGAAUGAACAGGUGCAUUGUUAUUGGAAAACAAUUGUUCCAUUUGUCUAAUGAGGUUUGUUCUUGUUCACUUCACCUCUCGAAUGUAAAAACUCUACAGUAUUCAUUUCUCAUAGUUCUAUUCGAUAUUUCCUUUAUAAACAAAAAAAAAUCGCCUUUACCAUAUCCACGGAUUAACCUAUUUUUGGCCCUUAAAAGUUGAUUCUCUUGAUCUACUAUUUUAUUUUCACUAAUUAAUUUUCAGGAGUGUAACGGUGAACGUAAGAUUAAUCAAGUUUUAAAUUGAUAUAAAAAUCAGCUAGGACUUUACUUCUACAGUGUCAAAUUUUCAGUUGAAACUAAUUUAUUUCACAAAUGUUUCAUCCUUUAGCAAAGAGCUCCUUCCUCUACACAAAAAUGUUUAUUGACAUUCCAGUAUGUGGGGCAUCCCAAGUGUGGUCGUAAUUUGUACUUGUGCAAUAUUUUUUAAAAUUCAAAAAUUCUUUUGACUGUUGAACAUGAUGAAGGAGAGUAUUUCAAUAUUUAUUGAAUUCCUUCUUUAAUCAGAAGGCAAAUGAGGUGUCUUUAUGACUAGGCCAAACGUACUAUCAGAGCUAUUCACCUAAAAGUUGAUAAGCCAGUUGGUACUAUACAAAAAAAAAAAAACUCGAACCAUUUCUGGGACAGGCCGUAGAUUUUUCAAACUAUGCCGUUAUUUUUGUAUUUUUCUGUUAAAUUUAUAUUUAAUUGUUGAAAACCUGUUUACAUUUUCAGAAAGACUUGAUUGUUAUUGACACCAAAGAGACCAACAUAAGCUGAACCCAACUGGUUUUACUUUAUAAAAAUUAUUCAACAGUGAAAAUAUUGAACUGAAUCAUAGCUGUGUUGCCCUAAAGCUGACUAUAGGCUGAAAAAAUCUGUUUUGUCUGUGCUAGUGAAAAAAGUAGACUCACUCCUUAUAAAUUAUAUUAUGUCCGUUGAUCAAGGACCUCGCUUGAAAUUGAAAUGAAUGAAUGUUUUUAUACAAAACAAUCCCAGUUUCGAGUUGUGUACCUAAAUUUUUGACAAUGAGCAAAAGUAUGCUCAUUUCCGCUGUGUAGACGAUAGCUUUGUACCAAGUUUUUGACGAAUCUGUUCUUGUGAUUAUAUUUUUUUUCAGACUAUCAAAAACAAGAGGUUAAAUAAAAUCUGUACAUAUAGUGUGAUUCAAAUAAAAGUAUAUUUUUGUUCAUGUAUUUUUUCUUGAACUAUUGUGCUGUUCAUUACUAACCAGCCUUUUUUACGAAAAGGAGUUAGGCUGCUUGCUGUACAUAAUGUGUCGAUGGAUUUGUUUGCUGAAAAUUUCAUUUCGGUUUUUAAUAUAUUUUAGUGUUUUUUUUUAUCUUGAAUAAUGAUUUUAUUAAUCCUUGAAUUGAAUGAAAUUUUCAGCAUAUUUGUGCCUUUAUUUUUUUAUUUAUAUUGUUUUAUCAAACAAAAGUAUUUGAAACUUGGCCUAGUGUCUGUUUGAAUAUUGACUAUUAUAUUGAUACCUCAAAAAUUAAUUCUCAGUUAAGGAUAAAUGUGUUUUAAGCAGGUAUUCCUUUGUAUUUGGUAAUUUACAAGAACAGUUUUUUAGUUGGAGCCAAGUUUUGUUGAAAUUUUGUUUUGGUUAAUAAAAUUAAUUAAGAUAGUGAA